GCAUACAAGUUCGUAUUAAGUUUUUAUUACAGCACAGAGGUGCACCAAGAAGUUUUGCAAAAAAAAAACAACUGAUCAAAGUUCAAAACACACGACGUUCAUAACUGCACCCUGCAGACCAAUCUGUGAUAAAGUUAGUUUAAUCAACGCUGAUAGCUUAAAAGUCGUCUAUCGUCCUUCCAGUAACCUCUGUUUAGAUAGGAUCCAAUAUACUAAUCAACCCUUGCCGAAAAUGACAUCACCAACCCGCACGGUACUGGAGAGAUGUAUUUUCUGCAAAAUCACCACAGGGCAGGAUCCAAACGCUUCAAUUGUGUACCAAAACGAGCGCAUCUGCAUAUUCAAGGACAUCCGCCCGGCGGCAGAGCAUCAUCUGUUGGCCGUCCCAAAGUAUCACCUGGAUGAUGUGCGCUCGUUGACCGCUGCCGAACGGCCUUUGUUGGAGGAGAUGCGAACCGAAUUGGGGAACGUUUUGAAGGAUCAGUACCAGAUUGAUUUGUCCGAGGCACUGUUUGGGUUUCACAUUCCUCCGUUUACGACGGUUAAGCAUCUGCAUAUGCAUGGGAUGGGGCCCGUGGGUAGUAUGGGAUUCUUGUCCAGGAUGAUAUUUCGACCGAAUACGAUGUGGUUCAAUACGGAUAAAGCUGUUUUGGAUAGGAUUUUACCGGCUUCGCAGGACGAAACGAUGCAGUAAUUCUGUUUUAAUUCGACUUAAAACAUAAAAUAAACCUCGAUAAAAUAAAAAUAAAACUGAACAACCGAACUGCCGCGAUUCGCAUAAGAGUGCCAUGUCGAUU